AUGAUAAUUUUCAGAGUCGGACCGUGGAUUAGGUACAUUCCCAGACGCUUCGCUGACAUCGUCAGUGAGGCGAAUAUGAUGACGAACGAAAGCUCAGAACAGAGUCAUCGGGGUCGUAGAACGGAGGGCCGAGGUUUUCUUCGCACAAUCCAACAGACAAGAGCCCAAGACAACCCUCCUGCUGCAUCUGGUGAGGCCAAUCUACGAAUCUAUUCGGCCUGCCUUCUCAAACGAAAUGAAUAG